UGGGGAUUUUAGGGCUUGCAGAUUUGAAUGCGGACCCCGAAUGGGGGUUUUUCUGAUUUUACAAAUUAGGGAUUUGGGGAUUUUAGGAUUUUGGGGAUCUGAGGAUUUUUGGAAUUGGGGAUUUCACCUUCUGUGUUUUAUUUAUUUAUUUCUCUUUCUUUAUUGACAUUUAGAAGUCCCCAAUCCAUUGAUCUAGACUGUUCAUUAGGUCAAGGCACAUUUCAUGGGGUUGCCAUGUAAACAUCAUACCAAUCUGAGCCAGAUCUUAGGGUCUGUCAAGCAUGAUUCAUAUAGAAUCUGGUCUAGUUUGGAUCUGUAUUCAAAUAAGCAUGAUUUUUAAAGGCUUAAUUUUUGCAUUCCUUGUGUUGUGGCCUAAGUUUUGGAUUGGAAUGAUUUUUGAGGACUAAUGGCGAAAAUCUGGUGACUCGCCUGAUGGAAAGGGUGGAUCUGAAGCUUGGGUUGAAUCAGAUUCACACAGGAUGUAACAUGGCGAGUUGCUGAUCUGUGUAGCCCAUCUCUUCAACUGUUAUGUUCGUGAGUACUCAUACAUGAAGCAACAACAGAAGGCAUGCAUAUGAAUGCCUUCCACCACUGGAUAUGUCCCAACAUCUCCUUUGGCAGGAAUUGGUAGCUACAGAUUUGCAUGGAAAUCAAUGGCAUUUUUGUCACAUUUUUUGAGAUCUGUUGCUGCAAUCCUUCUCAGGGUACCGGGCAUGCGAGAAAUCAUUCAUCUUUGGAUAUGGAAGGGUUAGCUCUCCGUUAUGUCUUUGGAUAUGGAGGGGCUGGCAAUCCAUCAGCUUCAAGGGGCAAGAACUCAUUCAUCAACCAGGAAGUGGCGUUAGUCGAUGAGAUGGAUGAAAGAUCCAAAGAAGUGCCGAUCAUUUCGUUAGCAGAGCUGGCAGUGACCCCACCGUCAGCAUCUCUCCGAUGGCCUUCAUUAGUUCAGAUGUCGACCGAUAUCUCCAUGCAAAUGCAAUGUGUGGCCGCCAUCAUUGGUUCAUAUCGUUGGCGAAGAGUAAUCGCAAUAUAUGAAGACAAGGCCUAUGGUGGGGAUCCUGGAAUAAUCACCCUUCUCUCUGAUGCCCUUCAAGAUGUGGGAUCAGAGAUUGAACGGUACUCGGCUCUACCGCCUUUCACUUCUCUAUCCAACCCAAAAACCGUCAUCCGAGGAGAACUAGAGAAAUUGAAGAACAGUAGUCAUUGCACGGUCUUCAUCAUCUUGCGAUCAUCACAGCCGUUAGCGGGACAUCUCUUCAUCGAGGCGAAGAAAAUGGGAAUGAUGAAGAAAGGUUAUGUAUGGAUAACUACCGAAACCAUUACAAGUCUCCUCGAUUCCAUCAACUCCUCCACCAUCUCUUCAAUGCAAGGCGUUAUUGGAAUCAAGACCUACUUCUCUGAAUCCAGUCCAUCAUUUCAAGACUUUGACUCAAGAUUUCGGCGCAAGUUCCGAACAGAAUAUCCAGAAGAAGAAGAACCAAAUCCAGACCCAGGAAUCUCAGCUCUCCGUGCUUACGAUGCUGUGUGGGCCAUCAAUCAUGGAACUAAUUACAAAUCGAGCUCUGGCCGAAGCUUAUUAGAUGGAAUCUUAUCGAGCAAUUUCAAGGGACUGGGCGGUGAAAUCCGAUUCAAAGACGGCAAGUUAGCAAAUGUGCCUGUUUUCCAGAUCGUGAAUGUGGUUGGAAGGAGUUACAGAGAGAUCGGACACUGGUCGCCAUUAUUCGGUUUCUCCGAAUAUGCGACUGGAGAAGGAAGUGCGGAGUUGGGGCAGGUAUUCUGGCCUGGUGGCCCACCUUCAAUUCCAAGUGGAUGGACAGCCACGAUAGAUUUAGUGGCUGAUGAAAAGAAGCUGAGGAUUGCAGUGCCAGCGAAAUCGGCUUUCACUCAGUUUGUGAAGGUGAGCUACGAUGAGUCUCGGAACAAGACAGACGUCACUGGAUUUUCUGUGAGAGUGUUUGAAGCUGCUGUGAAGCGUCUGCCGUAUCAUUUGCCAUUCGAGUUCGUCCCCUACAAUGGCUCCUACGACGAAAUGGUGAAACAGGUGUACCUCAAGACCUUUGAUGCAGCGGUCGGCGAUACGGAAAUCUUGUCCGACCGAUAUCAGUACGCAGAAUUUUCACAGCCGUACAUGGAAUCCGGACUAACGAUGGUGGUGAAGGUUAAGCCGGAGAAAAUGCGGAGGGCCUGGAUGUUCGUGAAGCCGUUCACGAAAUCGAUGUGGGCCCUGAUCGGAGCAAUGAACUUAUUCGUUGGAACGGUGAUCUGGUUAAUCGAGAGAGACACCAGCGUCGGGUUCGGCGGUGGCACGUUUGGCGACCAAAUCGGUACAAUGCUCUGGUUCGCAAUUUCAACCAACUUCUUCGCACUCAGGGAGCCGCUUCAGAGCAACCUAUCGCGGCUGGUGGUGGCGACAUGGCUCUUCGUAGUUCUCAUCCUAACAUCGAGCUACACCGCCAAUCUCUCAUCGAUGCUCACGGUAUCAGAUCUUGGACCGAGAGUCGUCGACAUCGCUUUCCUCCAGAGGACUCAAGCAGCGGUUGGCUGCAAUGAAAACUCCUUCAUAGGGAAGUAUUUGGAGGUGCUGGGCUUCAGUCCAUAUAACAUUAAGAGAAUCGCGUCCAUUGAUGACUAUCCGGAGAAACUAUCCAAUGGUGAGAUUGCCGCGGCCUUCUUAGGGGCCCCACAUGCCAGGGUAUUCCUUGCCAAAUACUGUAAAGGCUACACUAUGGCUGGACCUUCCUACAAGCUCGGCGGAUUUGGAUUUGUGUUUCCAAAGGGGUCGUCAUUGGCAUCCGAUGUAUCGGAGGCGAUCCUACAAGUAACAGAGAGCGGAGAAAUGCGGGAGUUACAGGAAGGACUGCUAUCCUCUUCCAAGUGCUCGAUAUCACCGUCCACCGCAGACGAUAUACACAGUUUCGGUGUGAGUGCCUUCUGGGGUCUCAUCCUCAUCGUAGUUAGUGUUUGUGUUGGUGCACUGGUUGUAUUCUUCCUGGGACGCCAACUCCAAAAGUAUAUGGAGCCUUGGAGAUACAUGAUGUUGAUGGACCCAACGAUAUGGAGGUGGGCAUUGGGUCCCGUCUCUUCCUACUAUAUGAAAUCCAGGGUCCUACUUCCAGUGGGCCGUCCGAGCUCGGGGACUGCCUGCUGACGGAUCGACUGUCCUGAGAAGAUGGCCAUUGUUGAGCAUGACAAUGCAGAUCGAUGUUGUCCGCAGGAUAGGGUCACCAACAAUGGAUAGUGUUCUGUAUGCGUGCAUGUUAGGGUAUUGUAUUGUAGCUGGAUACUGUGUGUAUAUAUAUUGUAUAAUGGGGUUUCUUGGACCUACACCCAUCAUAAGGUGGCCACUAUUUG